AAUUCGAUUUUUUGAUAAACUCAAGUUAGCGUUGCAAUAUUGUUAUUCCUUCGUAACCCUUGAGUUGGACACAAUUACUAAUAAGCAAUAAACUUAAAUUUCUUAAUUUAAAUUGCAGUUUUUGGUGUUAGGUAUUAAUUUUCUUUCAUAAACUUAAUCAUGCCACGAGAAAUCAAGGAAAUAAAAGAUUUCUUGCUGAAAGCAAGGAGGAAAGAUGCAAAAUCUGUUAAAAUUAAGAAGAAUAUUGAAAAUGUAAAAUUUAAAGUGAGAUGCUCAAGGUUUUUAUACACUUUAGUUAUUACAGACAAAGAGAAGGCAGAAAAACUGAAGCAAUCUUUACCACCUGGUCUCCAAGUGAAAGAAAUUAAAUGUAAAAAGAUGAGCACAGAUGAAAAAGAAAAAAAAUAAUUGAAGUCUGUAAAUUGAUUUUUCUUUCAAAAAUAUAUGUACAAUUUAUUUGACUUCAAA